AUGGGGAAGGAAGGUAGUGCUGCGCCAAAUGCAAAUAGGAGGGGAAGAAAGCAUUGUAGUUAUAUAGGUGUGAGAAAGAGGAAGUGGGGAAUGUGGGUAUCAGAAAUCAGAGAGCCGAGGAAGGAGAAGAGAAUAUGGCUGGGCUCAUUCCCCACACCAGAGAUGGCAGCUCGUGCUCAUGAUGCAGCUGCAUUUGCCUUAAGAGGCCACUCAGCUAAAUUCAAUUUCCCUGACUUAAUUCAUUCGCUUCCUUGCCCUGCAACUUCCUCUGCAACAGACAUUCAGGCGGCUGCAGUCGAAGCUGCAUACUCUUAUUCUCAACAGCCACUGAAACAACAAGUACCACAGCUGUGUUCCGAGACCAAUAGUGAUGAUAAUAACGAUAGUUUUCUUGACCCAGAGGGGUUACCGCAAAAUCAAUCUGAAUCGACUAAUAUUACAGUAACUCAAAAGGAAAAGAAAGUGAUGGUGGAUUCAUGGCUAGAUUGGCCAAGCUUGCUGAUGAACAUUGCAGAUGGAGUACUGAUGGGAUCUUCUCUCGUCUUUGAUAACCCAAUCACUGGAGAAGAUGAUCGAGAUGACCAGUUUAUACCUCUUUGGGAUUUCACUUAG